AUGGAAAGGCAACAGAAGUAUGGAGCGGGAGCAGGGGGUUGGAUGCCAGUACUGCGCAGACAUGGAAGAAAUGGUAAAGGUUUCUCAGCGCCAAGAAUAGGAAUGUAUACACUGUUUGUGGAUGACAUACCAGACUCAAUGGAUCCAAAAGGGUUGUACGCCAUAUUUAAUAACUUUGGGGUGGUGAAGGAUGUUUAUAUAGCAUUCAAGAGGAGGAAACAGACACGAUCAAGAUUUGGAUUUGUCAGAUACGACUGUCCAGUGGCGGCACAAAUGGCAGUUCGGAAAGCAAACGGCCUGUGGUGUGAUAACAAAGCAUUGAAGGUAAAACCAGCAGACUUUGAGAAGGAACAGGGAGCUAAACCAAGGCUACCAUAUGGCAAACAGGAAAGAAAGGCAGAAAUGUCAAGUUAUGCAAAUGCUACUCGGGAAAAUACAAAGAAAUCAUAUGCCCAUGUGGUAGGUGAAGGGAGAAGGAGAGUAUCUACAAGCUUAACCGUAAGAGCUUAUGAAGAAGGUAAUGGUUAG